AUGGAGGUGCCGCAGAUCGUACUUGACCAUGAAGAUGAGGUAAAUUGGGGAUUCGGUUUUUAGUUUUAUGGUUUUUAAUGGGUUUGGACCUUAUUUUACGUAGGUGUUUGAUAAACUUGGUGCCUAAAUUAUGGUUUUUUGCUGAAAUUGUCGACGAAUAUGGGUAAAAUAAAAAUAUAGCAAGAAUAUGUGCUUGUCUUUCUGUAGAUGUCUUUCUUCUUUCAAAUUCUCCCUCAAUUCGAUAAAUUAAAAUAAAACGGAUGUUAUCCAUUAUUAACCUGAAUAUUUGUUUUCAGGAGCGGAUCCGGAGUGCAUUCAGGCCGCCGAGUCCGAUGGGUCUUGAAGCCGGUUCAGCGAGUUCGACGGCGGUGGCGUCGCGACUGUUCGCCCGUUCGCGGAAGAAUUCGUAUUCCUCGGAGCCGGAGCUCAUCCAGAUCGAUGGAAGUGCCAGCGAUCCCGCCGAUCCGAUGGGGAGUAUGGCGAUUGAGGUGAGUGGUUUUGAGAUAUUCGAGGAUUCUGAAGCUUUAGGAAAGAGAAGGGGUCAUAUCUCGAAGAUUUGUAUUCUACUUAAGGGAUGGAGCUAAUAUAAUAUGGAAGAGUGCGAAUCAUUUGUUUUUUCUAUAAGAAGGGUUUACAACCUCUCCAGCGGUAUUCUGGAACCUUCAAAGGCAACAGAUCCUAAUUUAGGUUAGAAUGCCAUUUUUUAUGUUAUACCUGAUUGAUUUAUACUGCGAACUUUUCUCAUGGUAGCUAGUGUAAUCCCAGCGAUAUUCCCUUGAAGUCAUUGUUUUCUUACACAAGCAUUACACUCUUUGAAAAGCUUCAAGUGGAUGUAUAUUAUCAUAAAUUAUGCAAAUGAGCUAAUGCCAAAAUUUGACCGCCGGCAGAUUAAUCAUUCCGCAAAUUACCUCGAGCGCACUUCUCUGUGGAUUUCCCUCUCUUUUUAUGAUACCCGUCAAUUGUGGCGUUAGAUUUAUAUCUUCACCCAUCAAGGAGAAGAAAAAAAAGUAUUUGUGAGGGAUAGGCGUGGAAAGCUGGGGUUUAUUUCGGUUCGAAAAGUUCGAAGAGAUAAGGAAAACAGCGUUCACUCGGUUUUUGUGUGGAUCUGACAUUUGGUUUAUGAGUCAUGUGUCAAAUCUCAAGGCCGUAAUCAAAGCGGCCGAAAACGAAUUAAUUAAAGCGGCUCUCGGAGGUGAUUCCAUAACAAAUGACGUGGAGAUUUAUGCCCUCUUUUUGUCAUUCUCUGGCUCGUCUUUAUGUCAUGAGAAUUUUCUUUCAUCUCCAACUGGGAUGGGCUGGAUUUUAGGAGGUUGUUUCAAAAAAAAAAAAAAAAAAAAUCAUUUUGGUACCUGGUACAAUAUAAUUCCAAAAAUUUUUUGUUGGAUGAUGGCUUAAUUCCUAUUCGAAAUAAAAGAGUAUGCUCUAAAAUAAUCUUUACUUCUGUUUUUACCCACCUUUCUGUGGUAAAACUCCUUUAUUUUGCCUCGUUAUUUAUCACCACCCACAUUUUCACUUUCUGGAAUGAAUAAUUUCCCCUUGAGGUCAAAAAAUCGUCCGUUUUAUGAUUCGUUCUGCCUGCGGAGUCUUACGUAUCGCCUCCCAUAAACGGAAGGGAUUCCCUCUCGCCCCCUCCGCUCCAAUUUUCUCGCCCCUCUUCAUCUACCUGAGCAGCUUUUUAUAACGAAAGCCAGGUACAUGAGACUCCCAGAGAGAGCGCUUGCCCUAAAGAGAGAGCGCCAGGGAUCGAGAAACGAGCGAGGCUUUGUUUUAAAAGUGCGCGAUUCGAAAAAUAAAAUUUUUUGGAGCGCUUUGUCGAGACUGGUCAAGUGUCAAAAAGCGGUUUUAAACGGUGUUGGAUUAGGCGGAAGGGAGGGCGACCAGUAUUGUUUUUUGAAAUUUUAAUGAGAGGAUAUGUUUGGCAGAGAGUAAUCGGGGAUUUAUUGAGCAAAAAAGGAAGUGGAGCUUUAUGAAAUUUUGGUAAAAUACGCCUCACUUCUCUUUUUUGGUAGUAAAUCGAGUUUUGAAGGGUUUAUUUGAUAAAUUCUAGCGUGUUAUGGAAGUAGGCGCAAUAUUUUUGCUGUAAAAACAACGUAACUGAAUCAUAACCGACUUUUUUCGACUUUACUCUCCGUAUUUUCGACGUUUCUGCUCGUUACGGAGGGUAUUUAACUCGAGGGUUAAUGGUUGGAGGCUGUUUAUGAGGUUCCAAGGAGUCUGUGAGAUUAUACAGUGGGUUAAAGGAAAAAUGAAGCUUUUUGGAUGGUAAGAAGUGCCGGGUACGAUAGUAAAAGAUGACAAGUUUCUUUUAGCUGUAACUCCACAGAUGGUUGAUUGUUUUUCUAUGGAUAACGAAAAACUAUCAACUCGCUGUUGUUUUAUAGCUAAUAGAAACUUGGCAUCUUUUACUAUCUUACCCUGUAUUGUUCAAGAGACAAAGUGCCGUGUUUUACCCGUCAAAAGGCAUAAUUCUUCUUUUUAAAACCAACUUUGCAGUCUGAUUGACUCUUCGGAUCAUAUAAGGAGGCUUCAACCGUUUACCCUUGGAUCAAUACCUUUUCCAGAAUUUUUGUAUCUUCCGUUGUUGAAAAUUGCGUUUCUAUAACAAAGUUCAUCAUAAAAUUCUUAUUGUUCUUUCAUCUACAAAUUAAUAUCACUUCUUUUUUUUCUCAAAAUCGAUUGGAAUUCCCUGAGGGAAAAUGGUUGCAUGCCUCCGAAACUAAUUUAUCAAACGAUUUGCUCGGAAUUUUUUGUACGAAAUUUGGGAAAAGGUGUGUUCCAACCAUUCUUUUUUGAAUCGCCUCGGGGGAAAACGGAGAAAUUUAAAAAAAUCCGAAAAAAUCGGCUGGAUUUAUGGAGAAAUGCGGAGAUUUUUCUGUUUGACGCUACUUUUUAUAACGUUUUCCGGUGCUUCCGAAACUGGGAUUGUUUUAAAGUGGCGAUUUUUAUUGGAAUUUUGUCUAGUUUGGCGUUAAGAUGAGUUAUUUUAUAUUAUACUUGACCAUAAUACAUAAAGUAAUAUAUAUGUGGUCCGAAAAUCGGAUUAUGAAACGAUUUCCCACAUAAAUAUGUCUUCCCAAUCACAUUUUCACCACAUUUUCUGCUCGAAAUUUGUUUGAACUUAUUUCUCGUUCGUUCAAAACAGUUGGAUAGUCUUUUUUUCGUCUAUCCCCACUUGAAAAGUUUUUCGAAAAUCGUGUCGAACGGGUUUUUGACGAUGUUUUGAUCCGAAGUAGCAGUUUUCCUUGACUUGUCAAUCGAUUUGGCCAAAUUUAUGGCAAAUUAUGAGAAAUUCCAAUUUUUUGAUUUGAUUUGCUUCGGUUUCUGAUGUUCUUGUCUAAGUUUCGGUCGAUUAUUAGUCUGUAAAAUCGUUUGAGUUUGAUUUGUUUUUGUUUACAAAUAGAAAUUUACAGGUGUUGGGUGGAAUUCGAUUUGAAGGCAAGCUUGGGUAUUAAUUCAUCUCAAAUAGGAUGAUUCUAGAUGAAGAAGAAGUUGAUCAGGUAUUAAAAAUUAAAUAUUGACGGGCAGAGAAGGUGGUAUUAGCAGUGUAAUUUAUUUUUAUGGUGGCUAAAAUACAGCAAAGAUUAGUAAAUUACAUAGACAAUCGAUUUUUUUGGGGAUUUUUUUAAUGAAAUUAGUUAUAAUUGACCCUAAUUUUCCAAUUUCAGCUGAGUUCCCUAUCAAAACGGUUGUCGGAAUGCCAAGAAGAGAAGAGUCUCCUCAAUGAGGAGCGAACCCGCCUCAGGGCAGACAAUAAUAUGCUCCAGGAACGCAUCCACAGCCUCGAAGAUCAGUUCGCGACGGCCGAAUCCCACUUCGAACAACGACUGGAGUCGGAAAAACAACGGGCCAAAGAAGCGAUUCAACGGGCGGAAAGGGAGAAACAAUUGGAAUUGGAGAAUCUGCAGUACAGAAAACAAGUCCUGGAAAGGGAUUUGGAGAAUGCGAGGAAGGAAUGCAAGAGGAUACAGGAAGAAAACGAUGAUUGGCAGAGCAGAUUCUCAAAACAGCAGAAUGAAUUGGAAGAGUACAAAAGGUUGAGUGAGGAACUCGAAAAGGAAAAGAAAUUGCUCAGAGCACAGUUUGAAACGUAAGCAGUUACUUUGAUAUCAAUUUUGGGGGAUUACUGAUCAUUUUAGUUUGAAAAAGUUGGACCUUGUACAUGACGAAGCCAUUUUUUUAAUUUUUUUUUGUUUUUUGAUUGAAGGCUAGAUUACAGAUGUUGUAUUUUUGGGUAUGAUGUUUUGAAAGGAGUGUCUUUCUUCUAGGAAAUUGAUUUGUAAUUGGAGUUUUGUUUUGGAAAUAUUAUUCUUCAGGGAUUUUCAUACAUUGAUUUUAAUUUUUUUAAAUCUUGUUUUUUUAGAUAUCGAAAAGAAGCAGAAGAAGAGCUUCAAGUUCAUCAGGAUCACCUGGAUCAGCUGUCUCAACAAACCGACGAAUUACGGGAAAUGCACAGCGGAACGAGGCAACGACAUGGAUCAGUGGACUUGGUAAGUGAAUUGAGGUCAUUAUAAAGCUAUUGAAUUUAUUUUUGAGGUCAAUUUGGACGAGAAAUUUUAUUAAAUUUGCUAUUGAUGUCACUAUUUUAGAUCCAAGAGCUCGAAAUGCGAUGUGAAUCGUUAAAACACGAAAAUAAAGAGCUCCGCGAGUCCAAUGAAGAACUAAAAGCCCAAAUCUUAACGCAAUCAGUGCAAUCUGGACAAAUGUUGCUGGCAAACGGACCGUCGUUGGCCGCGGAAUUGAGUGGAAUGGACUCGGAUGAGGUCGGUAGACUGGGAGCGAGCCCGGAUUCAACUCACGAAGCACUUCGGGUCGAGAAACAAGAGGUCUUUUUUCGUUUUUUUCUUCGUUUUAUGCUUUGCUUCGUGGUCUGGAUGUGUCGCGGACUGGGCUUCUUUGGCGUCAUGAAGCUGUUCUGGCGAGCCUAUUAGUGACAGGGUUACUGUAGUUUUUUUGUAGCGAAUUUUAAAGCCGUUGACGGACUUUCGAACCGGUUUUUAGCAUUUUUUUUCAAAAAUUUUUCAAAUUUCUAACAAGGAAAGUACUUCUAUGGGGUAUGGAGUUACAGGUCGAGUCAUAUAUCAAAAAAUUCGCAAAAUUUUUCUGAUUCAGAAUAUGUAAAAAUUAGCUGCCUAAUUUUAGUUUGUAAGGGCGAAAAAAUCCUCAGAACUUUUCUCGCAACACCAUGAAAAUGCGCAUUUUUUACAUUGCAACUGCUAAUUAAGGUGUAGUAUAAAUUAAAUUUGAUAUUUUAAAGCUUGUAAAGAUACCAGUGUUUACUUUAACUCAAAAACAAGCUUUUGAUUUGGUAAAAACUUGGUCAAAAAGGCAUUUGUGUGGUGUUUCGAGAAAAGUUCCGAGGGUUUUUUCACCCUUACAGACCAAAAUUAGGCAGCAAAUUUUUACAUAUUCUGAAUCAGAAAAAUUUUGCGAAUUUUUUGAUGUAUGACUCGACCUGUAACUCCACACCCCAUAGAAGUACUUUCCUUGUAAAAUUUUUCAAAUUUUUAUCCCAAAAAUUUCACCUCAAUUUACCCAAAGAAGCUCACUGUGAUCUCCAAUCUUUGUUAAUGUAAUAUUUAUUUCCUAACUUUUAUGUUUUGGUACAACCAACAAGGAACUUUUAAUAACAACUGCUUCUUUUUUCUGAGGGUUUCUUUCCUCCCUAUCGCUUAUUUAAAUUUCCGGUGUGCAUGGUGCUUGUGGUAAUGGUGCUAUUAGUUUUUAUUUUUUAUUUUUUUUGUUGGAAAAAUUAAUUUUUUGGGCAAAAAUUUUAUGUUGAAGUUGGACCGCUUCUGGCUUGAUUUUGGUUUGUUUGGUGCACUGUAACGUUGCGUUGAAGAAAGACCUUGAGUUUCAGAUGCGAUAACAGAGACCGGAGUGCGAGAGGGAGUACUAAUCAGGGUUGAAAAACUAAUUUUUUACCCUUGGUAACACAAAAAUAUAUUAGAAUUAAGCCAUUUCCUACGGAAAAACUAGGUUUUUAGCCGAGAAAUUACGAGUUUUAGUCGGAAAUUGAAUUAAAAUUGCUUUUAGGACAGUCUUUUACAUCUAUUAAUAUCUAAAAAUUACUUUUUAACUUCUAUUUUUGGUUAUUUACCCUAAAUUUUGUCGUUUUAGUUGAUGAAAGCCCUUCACGAACAAGAGCUCUGCAAUCAACACCUCCGCAAAUACAUCGAUGGAAUCUUGUUGCGAGUGGUCGAACUGUACCCCGAGAUCCUGGAAGUGGCCUCGUCUUCGUCGUGCCAUCAAAGCGAGCCCGAGAAAACGGUCUCGACAGCAACAACUGAAGCCCAUUGA